UAUUCAUUCAACAAAGAGAAAAGCAAAAGCAAAGGUGUCUUUGAAUACUGUUUCUAGCUGUGAAGAUGUCUGCAAUGGUGGAGGCUUGUGUUGCUAAGCUUGCAAAACUUAGAGAGAGGGUCCAAGCUCGAAGGCCACUCCUUACAAGAGCCAAACAAGGGCAAGGUGAAGAAGGGAAGGAAGCUAAACUAGUGAGCAAAGAUGUUUCUUCUCCUAAAGAAACUCCAGAUGGCACCAUGUCAGAAGCUACGGUUUGUUUGCUCAUGGACCGGUUUGUGCCUUGGUGAUCAAAGCUAAGCAGGAGUUUUUAUGGAAUAAUGUAAGGAAUAAGUUUUCUGUAAAUAUUUGUUAUCUUAGUGUUCAAUAGAGGAUUUGCCCCUUCUUAAAAACUUGGCAAAAGGGGUUUGCUCGUUACAAUUCUCGCUCAAUUUUGCAUUAGAAUUCUCUUUCAAUUUUUCAUUACAAAUUCUCUUACUUCCAUUCCAUGAAUCUAUACCAAGAAGAUCAUAGUUGCAGCUUCUACACCUGAAUGUUACAAAUAUCCAUCCCCCUAUGCAUAAUGUGUAUGCUCCUUCAAUUUUACAU